CGCACACGUUUUGCUCCACUCGUUCGCGUGCUAGUGCCAGCUCUUGCCAACUGUGGCAGCUUGUGUUAUCUCGAUUGUCUUCCGCUUGCUGCGCAAUCGAUCAUAAUGACACUCCGCGAACAGCGCCUCUCGUCAUUGCUUUCGUAAAUUUGGCCCGUCUCAAUGGCUUCAUCCAUUCUCUCGGAGCGCCGUCAUCGCAUCGGCGCACGGGCUGUCCCCUAUGUCGCUGCUCUUGGACAUGCAUUGCAAAUAGCCUCCUAUAGCUAACAGCCUUAUCUCUCAGCGCUCUUGCCCACCGCCGAUGUCUUACAGCUCGUGUUGUUGUGGACUCUCUCCAACCUGUUCAAACCAAUCCUGUACUUGCCUGGUGGCGCAUUGCAGGGUCAUAUCCGUGUAAUUUUCGGAUCGGACAAAGAAGAUUGAUGCUGUGGAGCAGCACCUCGUCUAAUUUUUUCAUACGAAAUACGCUCGGUUAUCUUCUCCGACAGGUUGCCAUUCGGCUAGUACAGCUCAUGAUUGUCAGGCGGGCGGAGGAAACAAUCGCCUUUUGCGGUUCUGAAUCUGCUGAUGCAUGCUUCUAAUUCGUUAGCCAGACCUCUCCUUUCUUCCUUCACUCUCAUUCGCUCUCUCGUUUUAUCUCUUGAUAGUCUGCCUAUACGGCAAGCACGUUAUAUACCCUCCUAUCGCUCUAUCGCACACUCUCUCCUUUACCCCCUCACUCAACAAUGGCAGCGCGGUCUUUGGCAGCUCUUCUCCUAGUCCUCUGCCUCGUGUCGGCGUCACUCGCUUUCCCCAACGAGUUCAGCCAGCGUCGCGCAGCCCCAUGGGCCGUCGACGAAGUUGCUGCGAGAGCUCCCAGAGCUGCUCCUUCCAAGCGUUUUGCAGAUUUCGCUCGGGCAGCGACUCCCUCCAAGCGCUUCGAAAAGCGUGAAAUUUAUGGUGCCCCUUCUAAGCGUCAUCCCGGCCCCUCCAAGAGGGCGGAGCCCACCGUGUCCAAGCGUUACGUUGCCAGAGACGCUAUCCCUACCCCUGACCGCCCCUCUGGCCCCUCCAAGCGCGCCCCCGGCCCCUCCGCGGCCCUUCACGCUCGUGACGUCCCCGCUCCCUCCAAGCGCUAUGAAGUUAGAGAUGCUGCCCCCACACCCUCCGGUAGCUUUUCCCAGAAGCGUUCCCCUCUGGAGAAGCGCGGCAUUGAGGAGCAGGGCGUCAUCAUCAACGUUGUGUCAGGCCAGUUCGACAACAGCGAGGCCCUCUGCCCCGGCACCUCCUCGGCCUGCCCCCUCCUCGGCAAGUCCGGUACCCUGCCCCUCACCGGCAACCUUCACGAGUUGGAUUUCGAGUGUGUUGACUUGAACGCUGAUUUACGGUCCUGCGGCGGUUGCUCCAGCGUGUUCCCUGAGCAAUUUGACUGCACCGAGAUGGUAGGCGCUGAAGGUGUAGCCUGUGUUUCUGGCCAAUGCCAGGCGUCUACUUGCCAAACUGGUUUCACCCUGCAGGAUGACCACACCUGUGCUUAAAGUACUACAGGUGGUAGAUGACUUCAUACGACCUGAAACUUUGUUUCGUAAUUUGGUCCGGCGUUGACUAUACCUUCAUGACUUUUUUUGCAUGCGUCUCGUCUGGAACCCGUACCAUGGCCACUUUCAAUAUUACUAUUUAUUCCCCCUAGACAUUGUCAUUUCUUGCGACAUUUUUUGACAUUGCCCUGAUUCACCUUUGCCCUUGUGGUAUCAUUCGCUUGUAUGCUUGCUUGUAUACGUUAGACCUGUUUUUAGGAUUUUGCGGCACAUGUGCCGUUUGAUUAAAC